AUGGGACAUCUUACAAUUUUGCAGGUGAUGAGUAACCUUCCAAAGAAAAUAACAAUUAUGGCAGAACAGAGAGGUGUUCCAUACGAUAGAGGAUGGGCUUGGAUGAUUGUAGUUGGUUAUUUUUUCAGUAGCUUUAUCAUGUUGGGUGUGGCUAAAUCAUAUGGUUUAUUGAUGAAGCCACUUAUGGAUGAGUUUGAUGUUGAUAUCACAAUUGCCUCACUUGGAAAUGCAGUUAUGGCUGGAAUUUAUACAUUGGCUGCCAUCGCCCUAGUAACAACACACGCUGGAUACAAUUCAGCAUCAUCUUCAGGUGAUUUAACAUCCACCACUGGUUCACUGGUAACAAUUGGUUCAGCAACCACUUUGUUCCUAGCUAGAUCAUUUCCUAGCAAUAAGGUAACACCCUCGACAGGGAGAUUAGGACGAACACCUACAACAACUGCACCAGUGUUUGUAGCUCUUGGUCAACACUUUACAGAGAGAUCUGUUGUAAUGUUUGGAGCUGUCUUUGCAUGUAUCUUCAUCUCCUUGUGCUAUCUUAAGAUUGGUAUUUGGUAUUUAAUUUGGAUGUACGGUAUAGGCACAGGGAUUGGAAAUUCCUGUUUAUAUGGAAAUGGUGUAGUUAUGAUUGGCAGCUAUUUCAAGAAAAUACGUACACGAGCUAAUGGUAUUGCCUUGUCAGGUGCUAGUGUUGGAACGUUUGUUAUUCCUCCUCUAAUGGAGUUCUUGUUACAGACAUAUGGACUUCCAGGAACGUACCUUAUCCUAGGAGGUUUGUACUUGACUGUAGCUGUUUGUGGUGCCCUUUACCGUCCACUGAUAUUUUAUACAAAUGGCGGAAAAAAGGAGGGAAGCGACGAAAAGCAUAAACUAAUAGAGAAAGAUCUAAAUGAUUAUUUUACUAGCACUGGUUCAUUAGUUAUUGAAUCAACCAAAGGUUUGGAGCAAGUUGUACAGUCGGUAAACUCUAAUAAACAGCAUGAUAGUAUCACGAUCAAAAUCUUUGGAAAACCUAUAGUAAUUCCAAAAAUAUUUCAUUUUUCAGUGCUGAAAAUGCCGGAGGUUAUGUUUUAUACCAUUUUCUCAUUUCUAGUAUUUUUUGGAUAUUUUAAUUUUAUCAUACUAAUGCCAAUAGAUGCUGCCAGUAGAGGAUUUGCAAGCUAUGAAAAAGCCUGGCUCGUUUCUUGUGCUGGUAUAGGCGAUCUCAUUGGGAGAGUAGUUGUGGGAAUCGUAGGAGAUCUUAGAAUAAUAGAACGAUAUAAAAUAAUUGGCGCCACCUGUAUAUUUUGUGGUAUAAAUAUAUUAAUAUUCAACUUUGCCACUGUAUUUUGGUGGUGUGCUAUCCAUACAACGCUGUAUGGAUUUUUUGGGGGUGCAUACGUUGCCCUGAACUCAAUAGUACUGAUUGAUAUGGUUGGACUAGAGAUUAUGCCCAAAGCAAUAGGAGUAAUUCUACUUAUACAAGGACUUGGUGCAGCUAUUGGACAACCUGUUGAAGGGGCCAUCAAAGAAGCUACGGGGUCAUUUUCCCUUUUAAAUUAUAUAAAUUCUUCAUUAAUGAUUAUUGGAGGUUGUAUGAUGUUCCUGUAUCCUUUAGUAAAAAAUGCAAGUAAAUUAAAAGAUAAAAGUGAUGCAGGACAAGAAGAAGAAGAAACUUGA